AUGGAUCUUUCAGAUGCCCUGGGUCUGAGACUUUUCACGCGCUUGGCCUCCCCUUCCGAGCCAAGCCCUUCUCGCCACGAGGAACGGGCCCCGGAGGAGGAGGAGGAGGAGGAGGAGGAAAAAGAAGAAAGGGCUCGUCCGCUGCCCCCGAGGCCCCCCUCCGCCGCCGAUUCACCUCGUCGAGAAACCCAGAGACGAUGUGAGAUGCAGGUGAAGCAGCUGUAUUGGACUUGCUGCUGUUGGCUUGGAAUCUACCUGUGGCUUCUAGCUGGAGAAGGAGGAUGUGUCCGUGCAAAACUCUGCAGAAUUCCCCAGUGUGGCAGGAGUACCAAUGCUGGACUUUGGCCCAGCAGACACCAGUGUCACAGUUCUCACUGCCUCAGCAGGUCAAAUCGCUCAUCUCAUGCCUUCAUUCAGCCUACCAUAACUGGGCAAGAGCAGCCAUCCAGCAAGCAACAGCAGCAGCAAUCUUCUAUGGGGAGCAGCCUGGGGCUCUUAGCCCUGACCAGCAGGGGUGCCGAGGAGAUGUGUUCUGGAGGAAGGGACUGUACCAGCAGAGCUCCCAAUGGCACCAUGCGGGACUGCAGAGGCAUUGAGUGUAGGCUACCCAUGCGCAUUCGCCAGAAGCCCAGGCCUGCUAGCCAAGCCAUCCCAUGCCCCCCAAACCAAGGGGAAGGUUGCCUUGAGCCUGCCCUGGUCAGAGGAACUGAGAAGGCAGCACAGUUCAUUGGGGAAGAGCUUGCCCACACGGCUUCGGAACUUGGUGGUGCUGCUCUGGGUGUUCAGCUCAUCUGCGAUGUUAAACCAGGAGAUAAUGAAGUCCCAUCUGAGGAUGCACUUGUACUCCAACUACAGCUUACCAAAGGCCAAGAAAAGUUUGUCGAAACAUUAAAAAGUCAGCAAGCGGUCAUUGUGGAUUUACAGCAAAAACUUGCCGAGCAGCAGAAUGCGCUGGUCACCCAGCAGCGAGAAAUUAUUGUGCAACAAAGGAAAAUGUAUGAACAAAUGGACCUGAUCAAGGUUCAGUAUGGUAUGCUUUUUGACACAGUGAAGCAAAUGUCAUUUAGGAGUUUGCAAGAGGACAUCCAGCAUUACUUUGAGGCUAAUCUUCAAGGCCUGCAGAAGGAAGUCAUAAAUCAUCUCCAGAAGUCCUAUUCUGUGCAUAAAGUAAAUGUGGAUGCAAAAGUGAUUGAUAUUGGAGAACCUUUAAUGGAAUGUGGCCUUUGUGAAAGUGAUGAAUUUUGCAAUUUCCAGAAGACACCAUCACAAUGUGAAAAAUGCACCUUGUGUCCUGCUGGCUUUUUUCAGCUAUCGGAAUGUUCUUCAAAUGCUGAUCGAAUAUGCCAGGAUAGAGAUGAAUGUAAUGAAUCACCAAGUAUCUGUGGGGAAAGGAUAAAAUGCCUGAACACACCAGGGGGAUUCCGCUGUCUUGGAAUUGCAGAAAAAGAGGCUGCUUUGGGACUGUGCGGAGAGGAAUAUUUCUUCAACGAAGAGCUGCAGGAGUGCCAGGCCUGCCUGACGUGUGCUGAUGGAGCAGUGGUUUCGCCUUGUGCCCUUGUGAGCGACACAGUUUGUUCAACAGCCAGUGAAACCAUGCUGUCUGAGACAUGGGCUGCAGACAUUGUUUUACCCUCGGCAAAGUCUGGCUCAUCUCAGGUCUACCCUGGGUUUAAACUGAAGUUAAAGGAAAAACAAGGAUGUGAUAUUGGAACUGUUGAAGAGGGCAGCUUGGUGUUCAAAGACCAUGGCUUAAUGUGGGCUGAUUUCAACUUUGCUGUGAAACAUAACUGCAGAAAUUUCCUCCAUCUUUCCUUAAAGUUCAAGGACAGUGAGGAAGGCUAUGAACUCAGUGGAGUCCGCAUUGAACAGCCAGAGGGCAGACUUUUCCAGAGUGCCAGUGUAAGUAGUGCUGCAGAGGUAGAGCCGAGCCAAACCCUUUCAAUAUUUUUGAAGAGCCCUAAUCAAUUCUGCAACCAAAGUGAAGAUUUGAACGUUUACGAUCUCCAGACCCCUCUCAGCUUGUUUUGGUUAUCUCAUGAUACAGGAGCAGUAGCCAUGACUGCACAAACAACCACCGCAACGCACUACCAAACAAAUUAUCAGCCCACCUUUAAGUUUGUUUCUGUUUCUGACUCUUAUAUGUUAACCUUAUCUCAUGAUGGUAGAGCCAUCAAGUUUACUGAAACGGGGGUUGUGAAGUUUGUUUUCCACCAAGCCCUAUAUUCCAUGGGUCACACUUGCAUUCGUGAAGGAUUCACCAUGAUUGCUUAUCUGAACAAAAAUGGAACCAAUGCAGAACUGACGACUGUUUAUAAAUCUGGUGUCAAUUACAGAGAUACUUCAAUCUCUGUUUCUGGGGCCACUGAAGUCAGUGCUGGGGAUCUAAUUAGCUUUGAGAUCCUUUCUCCUGCACAAUGCAGUGUUCGUUAUUUUGGAGACAGCUCUGGAAUUAGUACAUUCAGCCUCAUCUGGGUUCCAUCUACUAUUUCCACUGCUCUUUCAGCCACAGUCUCUGUAACAAGACUGCCCACAGGAGCUGUCAGAAACAAAGUCUUGGAUUUUAUUCAAGUCUCAACCAAUGAGAAACAGGUCUAUCUAAUAUCUACUGGACAACUUGCCCAGAAAUAUUUUGUAUUUACAGAAAGAGGAAUUGCUAGUAUUGUGUUUACUUUAAAAUUAAUUCAUUCAUGUAAUAUGCUUCGGAUAACUUUAAAUCAAUGCAUCAGUGAUCAUGCACCACUUGACAUAAUUGCUCAACAAAUUGGAGGCCAAGUACCUGAAGGUAGCAUCUGGACCAGUGUUAGUCUUCGUUCCUCUUUCAAGGUCCACAAUGGGACCAUGGUAUCGAUAUCUCUAGACUGUGUGCGUGGCAGAAUCAACCACAUUGCUCAUAAACAUGGAACCAGCUUAUCUAUCUUAUGGAUAUCUUCAUAG